UAUUCUGUAUUUUAACCUUACAAAUAUCCAAGUUGGGUAGAAUACGGAUUACUUGAUGGUUGUAAAAUAAUUAGUAAGGUAAACGUCAAGGUACAGUUCCCGUUUCCGUAAUCAUGUUCAACCAAAGUAAUAUGGGAUUCGGUACGACCGCCACACCGACUAAAAGUAAUCCCAUGAACGAUUUCGAAGUGGUACCGGCUCCAGAUGAUUCGGUCAGUUGUCUCGCGUUUUCGCCAGCAACUUUGCAGCAGAACUUCCUUAUCGCAGGAAGUUGGGACAAGAAUGUAAGAUGUUGGGAGAUCGAACAGAGUGGCAAAAGUGUGCCCAAAUCAAUCCAAGCUUGUGGUGGUCCUGUUUUGGAUGUUGCUUGGGGCGAUGACGGCACAAAAGUAUUCAUGGCCGGGUGUGACAAGCAGGCAAAAAUGUGGGACUUGGGUAGCAACCAGGUUGUUCAGGUUGCUGUUCAUGAUGCCCCCAUUAAAACUUGCCACUGGGUUAAGGGUUCCAACUAUUCCUGCCUAAUGACUGGCUCAUGGGAUAAGACAUUGAAGUUUUGGGACACCAGGAGCCCCAACCCCAUGAUGAGCAUCAGCUUGCCAGAAAGAUGCUACUGCGCUGAUGUUGAUUAUCCGAUGGCAGUUGUGGGUACUGCUGGCAGACAGAUCAUUGUCUAUCAGUUGGAAGGAAAGCCCCAACAGUACAAAACGGUGGAAAGUCCUUUAAAAUAUCAACACAGAUGCCUUGCAAUUUUUAGAGACAAAAAGAAGUCGCCAACCGGAUAUGCGCUGGGAUCAGUGGAGGGCAGAGUUGCCAUUCAAUAUGUCAAUACGCAAAACCCUAAAGACAAUUUUACAUUUAAGUGUCACAGAUCCAAUGGAACUCCCAGUGGAUUCCAAGACAUUUAUGCUGUUAAUGAUAUUGCAUUCCAUCCAGUUCAUGGUACACUGGCAACUGUUGGUUCUGAUGGUUCUUUCAGCUUCUGGGACAAGGAUGCCAGAACAAAACUAAAACCAUCUGAAGCAAUGGAACAACCAAUUACUAGAUGUGCAUUUAAUCACAAUGGUCAGAUAUUUGCUUAUGCUGUGAGCUAUGACUGGAGCAAGGGCCACGAAUUUUAUAAUACUCAGAAGAAGAAUUAUAUUUUCUUGAGGUCUUGUUAUGAUGAAUUGAAACCACGGGCUCCUUGAGUGUAUGUUUUUCAUCCUUCUUGUCAUCAUAUGUGACUUAAACUUUUGUGUAUUUAGGCUAUUUAGUAUGUAAAUUUGAUGUUCCAUGUUCUUUAUAAAAUUCUAAUAUAGUUUUUUCAUGUAUUUGA